GUCGCCGUUUUUCCUUUUACACGCUUUCCAGGAGCAGAUAUUUUGCUUGGCCCAGAAAUGAAAUCCACAGGAGAAGUUAUGGGCAUUGAUUCAUCAUUCGAAGCAGCUCUUGCAAAAGCACAUAUGGCUGCAGGGUAUAAAUUACCAAUGGAAGGAGCAGCUUUCAUUUCAGUAAAAGAUGAUGAUAAGGAGUCUAUGCUACCAAUUGUACAGAUGUUAAAUAAAUUAGGUUUUGAAAUCUAUGCAACCAAAGGUACAGCUUUAUAUUUAAAUGAUAAUGGCAUGAUUGCAAAAGCUGUAAAUAAAGUGAGAGAGGGAAGGCCUCACAUAAUUGAUAUGCUAAAAGAUGGAAAGAUAAACUUAGUGAUUAACACUUCAAAAGGCAUCAAAUCAGUUCCGGAUAGCAAAGAUAUUAGAAGAACUGCCAUUUUGCAAAACAUAGCCUAUAGCACUACCACUUCUGGAAGCAAAGCCUUAGUGCUGGCAAUUCAAUAUAUAAAAAAUA